AUGAGUGCCGAACCAUCGCGCACCGCCAUUGGUAUUUCCUUUGGAAACUCGUACUCCAGCAUCGCCYACACAUCGCCCGUGGAUGGCAAGCCGGAGGUCAUCGCCAACGAGGAGGGAGACCGAUUCAUCCCCAGCAUCCUWUCAUACGUGAGCGGCGAGGAGUUUCAAGGCACACAGGCCAAGGCACAGAUUGUACGAAACCCGCGCAACACAGUCGCAUACUUUCGCGAUUUCUUGGGCAAAUCCUUCAAGSAAAUCGAUCCCACUCCCUGCCAUUCCUCCGCCCACCCCAUUGAGCACGACGGCGGUAAGAGCGUGGCAUUCAGCGUACAAGAGACAGUCGACGAGGAUGGAGAGCCAAAGGGCGAGCGCAGCAUACUCAGCGUCGACGAAAUCACAACCAGACAUUUGAAGAAACUCAGGAUAUCUGCUACCGAUUAUCUCGGCCGUGAUGUCUCUGCUGCCGUCAUCACCGUCCCAUCCGACUUCACCGAUGCACAAAAGACUGCCCUCACCGCCAACGCCAAGGCCGCAGGCAUUGAGGUCAUUCAAUACAUCGACGAGCCUACUUCGGCCCUCCUCGCACACGACGCUAAGCUCCARCAGAGCGGCGAGGCCACUCCUUCUCRGCAGGAUAAGAACGUCGUGGUGGCAGACAUUGGUGGCACACGUACCGACAUUGCAAUCGUUGCUUCUCGCGCAGGCCUCUACACCACUCUCGCUACRAGCCACGACUACGAGCUGGGAGGCGCAACUCUGGAUCAGGUCUUGGUCGAAUACGCCGCAAAGGAAUUCCUCAAGAAGAAUAAGUCUGCCAAGGACCCACGCUCCACCGAGCGCAGCUUGUCGAAACUCACUCUCGAAGCCGAAGCUGUGAAGAAGGCCCUCUCCAUUGGUGCUUCCGCCAACUUCUCCAUCGAAUCACUCAUCGACGGAAUCGAUUUCCAGCUCAGCGUCAACCGCACACGUUUCGAGCUUCUCGCAGGCAAGGUCUUUGCUUCAUUCGUUCGUCUGAUUGAGUCGGCUGUCGCAAAGGCAAACCUUGAUAUACUUGAUAUUGACGAGAUCCUGCUCGCUGGAGGAUCUUCUCACACACCCAAGAUCGCCUCUCUCUUGCAGUCACAUUUCCCAGAGGGAACCGCGGUGACAGCUCCCAGCACUUUCCCAGCAGCAGUGAACCCCAGCGAACUUGCUUCUCGAGGAGCCGCCAUCCAGGCAUCCUUGAUCGCCGAGUUUGAAAAGKCCGAUAUUGAAGCUUCCACCGAGGCGGUGGUCAUUGUUACUCCUCAUCUCAGCAAAGCGAUCGGAAUUGUGGACGCCAACAACCAGUUCCACGUCGUUGUGGCUGCAGAGACCCCCGUGCCCGUGCGACGGACGGCGCAAAUCGCUGUCAAAGAUGGCGGAGAUGUGCUUGUCAAGCUUGCAGAGGGUGUGCGAGAAAUCAAGAUCACCAAGGAAGAGCCCGCCGCAAAGGACGAGGAUGACUCAGAUGACGACGACGAGCCUGAGGAAAUCAGGAGCAAGGAGUGGAAGGCUGGUAACCCUCUCGCAGAGGUUGGAAUUAGAGGCGUCAAGAAGGGCGGCAAAGUCGAAGUGCAAAUCAAUGUUGGAGCCGAUUUGGAGGUUACUGUUGUCGCGAGAGAGGUCGGCGGCAAAGGAGGUGUGAGAGGGAGUCUUGAGGCUGUCAAUGGAACAGCAUAG